AUGAAAGAUAAAGUUGAAGUAGAACACAUUUCCCCUUACUCAUCGCUGAGCAAUCAGCUGGUGCAAUCAGAUGAUGCCAAUGAUUUAUUUAAUGAAAAACCAGAUUUAUCGCUAGCCUCAAUCAAGCACUAUUUUGCAACAAGAAUACCCAACUUGUUAGACAUGCCAGUAUACCAUCAAGAGAAGAAAUGGUACCAAGUCCUCAACCCUAUGACUGGUUUAAGAGAGAUGUCAACUUUGGAUUGGCAUUUCUACUUCUUAGGUUUCCUUGCUUGGUCGUUAGACGCCAUGGACUUUUUUUGUGUUUCCGUAUCUGCACCUGAAAUUGCUACCACUUUGCAAGUGAGCGUUACUGAUAUUACUUGGGGUGUUACUUUGGUGUUGAUGUUGAGAUCCAUUGGUGCAAUUAUCUUUGGUAUAGCUGCCGAUAGGUUCGGCAGAAAAUGGUGCUACAUUGCAGUCUGUGGUUUAUUCAUUCCGGUUGAGAUUGGCACAGGAUUUGUUCAAACAUACCAACAGUUUUUAGGGGUUAGGGCCAUAUUUGGCAUUUUGAUGGGUGCCAUGUAUCCUAUUGCUAUGAUCACGGCACUCGAAGGCCAGCCCACUGUGGCAAGGUCUGCUUUGUCGGGAUUAUUUAUCCCUGGGUAUUGCUUUGGAUACAUUUUGGCAAUGGUUUUCUAUCGUGCCUUUUCUGGAACUUACAAAGAAGGCGAAGGAUGGAGAAGUUUAUUUUGGUUUAGUGCCGGGCUCAGUGUCUUGUUGUGCACAUGGAGAGCUUGCAUCCCUGAAUCCCCUGACUUUGUCCAAACAAGGGAAAAGAAGAAGCGCUACAACAAAAGCAAUAAAACAACCUUUAUUGAUAAAAGUGUGUUGCAAACCUUGAAAACUGAAUGGUUGUUGUUUGUCUACCUUGUUUUGUUGUACAGUGGCUUCAACUUCACCACACAUGGUGCGCAAGAUUUGUAUGUCACCAUGCUCACUAAACAGUUUGGUGUCAGCUUGAACAAAAAGACAGUGAUUGUUGUUGUCAGUAACAUUGGUGGUAUGAUAGGUGGCUCCUUGAUGGGGAAUGCUUCAGAACUACUUGGUCGAAGACUUACAGUGGUUAUAUGUAUGCUCUUUAGUGGCGCUUUCUUGUACCCAUCUUUCUUUAACGCUGAUCAAAACUGGUGGGCUUAUGUUUUCUUAAAUGGUGGUAUUAUUGGCGCAUGGGGUAUCUCCUCAGUUUACUUGGUCGAGACGGUCAACAAGGCAAAUAGGACAUUGAUUUCAGGGUUGGUAUACCAGCUCGGUAACUUGGUUAGUUCAGCCAGUGCUACAAUCGAAGCAAGACUCGGGGAAAGGUUCCUCCUCGAAGGUGCAUCCGACGAUAUGUUUGACUAUGGAAAAGUUAUGUGUAUCUUUUGCGGAGCAGUCUUUUCUUACAUGAUUGUUUGCAUCAUUCUUGGUCCAGAAAAGUUUCACAACAACAUAGAUGUUAGUAACAAGCAGAGAGUGCAAGUUGAAGAGAUUGAUAGUGAUGAAGAUAUCAACUCCAAGUCAAGGGUUUGA